GCCAUUCAGAUGCUGGAAGUCUGACAGGAAACUUUCUCAUUCCUCUCCUCAGCAGCAGCAGCAGCAGCAGCAGUUUACCGUCUGAACCACACAUGUUCGGACCCUGCAGCCGGAUCCACUCACUCUGAAGCUUUGGUUCUGCCGGUCCACGCUCCGUCGGCACGCUACUGAGGCUCGCGUACACCAGGGCGAACCUGACAUAACCUGGAGACGCUUUGGACCUUCGUGACAGUGAUUUGUUUGGAACGAUGGAGACUUUGUUUUACCUACUCGCCUUCGUGUUGACCCGGGAGGGUUCGGGUCUUGGAUAUGUCGCCGAUUCCAGCGUUCAGGCAGGUCAGAGAGCGGCGAGCAGACACAGGAACUGGUGUGCUUACGUGGUGACGAGGACAGUGAGCUGCGUUAUGGAGGACGGGGUGGAGACGUACGUCAAGCCAGACUAUCAGCGGUGUACAUGGGGCCAAUGUCCCCGGGUCCCUUACCGGACGUACAGGAGGCCGAGGUACAAGGUAGCAUACAAGAUGGUGACGGAAAUGGAGUGGAAAUGUUGCCACGGUUACUCAGGGGAAGACUGCCACCAGGGUCCUCACGGGACCCUUGACACUUGGGUCAACGGAGGGCAGACACAGACGCCACAGCCCGGUGGUGGAAGGAAGGGCGAACAAGGCGAGAGCGAGAGAAUCCAGGAGCUGCAGGACACGAUCACCGGACUCAAAAAAGAACUCCAUGACAUGAAGACCACCAUUGACGGCAUAAACCAAAAGCUGCCCAGCCUGAACGGGGCCACUGUUCCUGCGGAUUCAGCUCAGCCGUUCAUGAAGGAAACCAUCAACACCAUACAGACCAAGCUGGACCAUCUCUACAACAGAACACAGGUCCAUGAUGAGACACUGCUGAACAUCAACAACCAUUUGGGGAAUGGAGGGGGAAAUGACCUGGAUGGAAAUGUUGGGCCAGGAGGAGGAAGAGGAGGGGACCAGCUGAACACGCUGAAGGAGGAGAUCCUGACUGAGCUGGAGAGAAGAGUCUCUCUGUCCUGCUCAUCCUGUCAGGUUGGUGUGGAGGACUUGAGACGGCAGCAGGCGGAGGACAGGGAAAGGAUCAGAGCCUUGGAGAAGCUCAUAAACUCCAUGGACCAAAACAUCAGGCGUGACUUGGAAAUCUACCGCAGAGAAAACAAGCAGUCCCAGACCUGCUGCAACACCAUCACAGAGCUGGAGAAGAGGCUGUCGAGCAUAGACGUUCGACUCACGUCCACUUCGGACAAGUGUGACAUCAUCAAAGGGCGACUGGAUAAGGAGCUGGCUGGGACGGGUGGAGCAAAGGGACGAGUCACUGAGGAUCGGUUUAACAGCAGGCUGAGAGAGAUGGAAAAGAGGUUCAACACCACGAUGAGGAAGACGGAGCAGAAGUGCACCAACACCGGGAGCAACUUGAAAGAAACCCUGCAAAGAGAUUUCACCCUGCUGCGUAACAGCGUCUUUAUUCACCUGGAUGACCACAGCUCUAAAAUCGGAAGACUAGACUUGGAAGUUGCAGAUCUCGGAGAUACAGUGAGGGACCACAGCCGACGUUUGAGCCAUCUGGAGAACGUUACGGUCUUCCUUGACAGAAAGCUAGCCUCAACCACAGAGAUGUGCAGUGAGACCUGUGGGCACAACGGAAAAAACCCAGCGACAGAUGAGACUGUGAAAACCUUGGAGUGGAGAGUUGUGACCAAUCAGGAACACAUCAAGAGGUUUAACAACACCCUGAACAACUUGUCUGUGACUGGAGACUCCCUGAUUGACAGAGUGAUUGACCUCACCAAUGACAUCAACAAGAUAAAAGCAGUAACCGGACAGAACGGUGAACACUUCACCCGCAUUGUCUCAGAGAUCGACACACUGGGCAGAGAUCUUGAUGACUGUUUCGUUUGUCGCAACGUGGAGCAGGACUUGCGCUUGCUCACCAACUCCACAAUGAUCGGCCUUAACAAAUGCCAGACAGAACUGACGGAUCUGCGGAGAAAAGUUGACUCGGGGGAGUCCACCUGUUCUCAGGUUUGCUCCAACCUUCAGGAAGAGGUGGGGCGACUUAGGGAGGAUGUGGAGGAAUGUACGGGACAGUGCAAGACCAACAUAAACGACUUGAAGAAACGGUUGGACGGUCAUACCUUCCAUAGCGGGAAAUUAGGUGGGGAUCUGAGGUCAGUCCAAGGAGAGCUGAACAAUGUCAUGAUUACUUUUAACUCCAUUAAUAACACACUGAAGGAUCUGGGACGGACUGUGAAGACACAUAGUACCACGCUGACAGAUCUAACCAGCACAAAUUCAAACACCAUUUCUGUGGUGGGGAACUUGAAGAAUGAGUUGACGGACCACGUCGACGAUGCUAACGUCCGGUUCGGCAACCUGGGCAGAGAAAUCCAGAUAAUCAGGAACAACUACGCCACGGAGGUGGGAGAGUGCCGGCGGUCCAGCGACGGCCUGGACCGAAGGCUCUCCAAGCUGGAGGGGGUCUGCAGCCGCCUGGACUCCUUCACAGACAGCCUGGAGAAAAUCAAACAGGGCCUGAACAAACACGUGUCUGGCCUGUGGGGCUGUGUGAACGGCCUCAACGUCACCGUGACGUCCCAAGGAGAGCUCAUUGACAACAUCCAGACUGUCCAGCUGGACCGUGUCCACUCCAGGAUACAUACGCUCAACUCCUCUGUGCUGGACUUGGGAAGGCAGUUCACCAUUUUCAGGGAUCAGGACUUUAGGGGUCCCCCGGGACCUCGAGGAGAGAGAGGCGAAUCUGGACCACCGGGUCCUAUUGGACCCCAAGGAAGGGUGGGACCUCCAGGCAGAGAAGGCAGACAAGGACUAGUGGGACCCCCAGGGCUCAGAGGAGAACAGGGGUCCGAUGCUCACGUGCCGCGCCUUUCUUUCUCUGCUGCGCUGACUCGCCAGAUGAGGAAGACAGGAACCAUAGAGUUCAAUGAAGUAUUUGUCAACGAAAAUAAAGCCUAUAAUCCUGAAACAGGUAUAUUUACGGCGCCCCUGAGUGGCAGAUACUUUUUCAGCGCCAUUUUGACGGGUCACAAAAACAUGAAGAUCGAGGCAGUGCUUUCUAAGUCGAACGUUGGCGUUGCCCGAGCGGAUUCAGCAGGAUAUCAGCCCGAAGGCCUAGAGAAGCCCAUGGCGGAGGCCAAACACAUCCCCGGAGCCCUGGCUGUGUUCAACAUCAUUCUACCCUUAGAGGUCGGGGACACGGUCUGCAUCGACCUCGUAACGGGCAAGCUGGCCGUCUCCUCUGAACCCUUAACCAUCUUCAGCGGAAUGCUGCUGUACUAGACCGUCAGACAGGACGGAGUAUGACUUCAGAGUUUAUCGUGUUGCAUUGAAACCUCUGCUUUGGACUCUUAACUCAAAGAGCCAUCGACAGUGGGUGAAACUGAUACCAGUGGACUGGAUUCAUCCACCAAAGAGAAAAAAUGCUUCACAGCUUUAAGGAAAAGUUUUUAUUUUGUUGAUUGAGAUGUAUUUUUAUGUGGAAAAGAAGCCACUGCAGGGUGAUUUCCUAUGUUCCUAUAAACUUGGAUGCUUUACUGAUUGCACCAGGACAUCCAUCAAGUUUCACUUGUGUUAAAAAAAAGGAUAUUUAGUCAAAUGGAGAAAGAUUAAAGAUGUGGGUGUUUUUCUAUUUAUCUGCGCUGUCCACCCACGUCACAUCAAAUCUUCAGCAUUCAUUACGCACUCGUUUAGCUGUUGUAUCCUUUUUUUUUCUUUUUUCUUUUAGUACGAUCAUUUAUUUUUGUGUUACUCACAGUUUCAUUUUGACCACAAGCGAGUUCCCAGAAACGCAAUGCCGAGUGCCAAUUGUCUCGAGGAAAAAUGCGGGAGGGACAAAGUCCAAACCACUAUUCUUUAGGAGGAAAUGCACAAAUGAAGUCACUGACAGUUCAGCAUAGAGAGACCACAGGAUUUUAUAAAUCAUGCGGCCAUAAAACAAUAAGACCAUUUUAGGACUUUGGCCAUGCCCCGAAACACAAAGGAAGGAGAGGAUUUGUCAAAAGGAACAGAGGGGAUUUUUCUUCUCACUCUGUAUCCUAAUAAGGGAUAUCUAAAGUUAGAAGACGAGGACUGAGAUCUUACAGUAACAGAAGUUUGCCAUCAGCAUAAAACCUCUGCUGAUUAUACAACAUAUAACUAGUGAUUUUUUUUAAAUACAAGAUUUGUGGUAAAAGGUUGGAUUUAUUGUUAACAUUUUCUUAAAUAUACACAUAUACCUCCACUAAUUAUUGAGUAAAUGUCUCUUAGCAUUUUUCAGAUACAACACCCACAUGUAAGCCAUCAGCUGAUUGGAUAUUAAGUCACAGUUCCUUUAAAUAUGUUCAUUUCCUGACAGUCAACCUUUCAGCUUAGCUUCCAAAGAACUUCAAAAACACAAAAUCAUACCAAGUUUGUCUUGUCUGUUUUUAAGUGCAAAUAUCUGAGAGUGAAUUUGAAACAAGACAAAACUAAGUUAUAAGUAACUUUCAGAGCUUGUUUUAAGUCAAUAAUUUCUUAAUACUGAUAAAAGACAUACUAGUUCCAUUGGUAGAUUAUUCCACUUAUGAGAAAAAUUUUAUUUUAAGUGAAAUAAUCUAUUUGAACAAGUACUUUUUAUAAUCUGUAAUAAGUAUUUACUUGAAACAAACUCCUAUAUCUUGCUAAAAGUUUAUUUGUAAGUUGAUUUUAUCUUACUUCAAGCAUUCUAAGAUAUUUGGACUUGAAAAUAGACACACACAAAAAAAAUACUUGUAACAUUUUGCAGUUUUGCAGUGUUUUUUUUUCUUUGGUCAGGACCAGGAGAGGCCUUUCAAGAAGAUUGAUGCAGGACGUCUAGAACUACUUUUGAUCUGUGUUUGGAAUCGUUGUCCUGUUUGAACAGCCAGAAGAUCCUCCUCUCAGAUGAAGGGGAAAUAUGUUUUCGGACUUUCAGGAACGACUCAGGAACAACUAAGGCCCAAGUCUAUUAUAAACAGGAAGCUGCUGGGACAUCCAUGUCAUCUCCUAUGGUGAACUUACCUUAACAUUAACACAGACUGAGAGGGAGCCAACCAAGGAAGUAGCAUUAACUCCAAAAUUGGCCAAAAAAAAACCUGGAUAGGGUAAAUAAUUAAUUUAGGAAAGCUUUCGGGUCAGACAUGAGUAGGUCUGUCACAAUAACAAAUUUUGCUGGAUGAUAAAUUGUCCCAGAAAUUAUUGCGAUAAACGAUAAUAUUGUUGUUUUGAGACCAUUUUCAAGUAAUGUAAUGGUAGUGGCAUAAUAAUGCAAGUAGGUAUUCUCAAAUCAAUAGACUUUCAUCUAACACAGGAACUGAAACACAUUUAAAGUAUCCAAAAUACAUAAAUAAAACAACAAAAGAACAAGUGAAUUGAAUUAUGAAGUCUGAAAACAAAACUGCCCUUCAAACAAGUUGCCAGUUGAGACUUGUCAUCCAGUCUUUGGUAGAAAGAGAGAGAGAAACAGUCAUGCAAAUGAAAAUGAUUAAGCUUGUUUUAAUUUAUCAUGUGAUUAAAUGAUUUAUUGCUCAUUGCGACAUUCUUAGAGAAGUUUGUCCACAAUCCCAAGAAGAAUGUUCCAGAUAAGGCUUUCAAUCUCAAAAACACUUCUGUACACAAUUCAGUAUUCCAACAGAACAAUCAACACCCAAACGCACCUCAAAACUGUUCCCCUUUCAAAUGGGUCAAACAGGCGAACAUCAAGCUUCUGGGAAGGUGCUGGCCUUUGGGGGGAAAAAAGAAUCUGUGGAUUUCACUGAAAAGUUGGCCCGAUGCCAGGAAACCACCAGUUUGUUUUGUUCUGAUAAGAAAAACUAUCAAAUAUCCUUGAGAAUCGUGUCAGGAGCUUGUCGAUUGCUUGGAUAAAGUGGUUUUACUUCUCUACACUGCAAAAACACAAAACCUUACCAAGAAUGUUUUGUCUAGUUUCUGGUGCUGAUACCUUAGAUCACUAAAAACAAGACAAAACGGACUUAUAAGUAACUUUUCAGCCAAACAUACAAGCUUGUUUUAGAUAAAUAAUAGUGAUAGAAAGUACUAGUACUGUUACCAGACUUUUUUCACUUAUGGGAAAAUCACAUUUUUACUUUUAACUUGGGUUGAGAUGCUUAUUUUUUGCAGUGAACAAUCUGCUAAGGGAUAUCUAAUCAUAAGAUUAAUAACUAAUCAUAUAAUCAUUAAUGAUUAAUAUAUUUGCACAUUUUAACCCUUUAUGAAUUAGACAAAAUACAAUUUAUUCAACGUUGCAGACUUUGUUUUUUCCCCAUUAAAACUCGUAAAUGUUGUGUGGCAAAGAGUCAUCCCGGCCUAGAAAAGAACUGCUUAAAUGCAUCAUUAAAAGUAAUAUGACCAUCAUGUCCCCAAUUAGUGGCUUAAAACUUCAAUAAAUAGUAUGAGUAAAGCUCGCAACAUUAAUUAAUCAAGCAAAAUGAAUCUUUAUUGUGUUUGUGUGAACACUUUGUCUUUGUUGAACGGCUUUGCAGCCCUUUAAAAGUUUAAUUGCAGAUUAAAUGAGGUCGGUGGAUGUUGAGCACAACAGCAGUUUAUUUUAGUUUACUUUUUCAGACUGAGCAUUCUUAUAACAAUCUUAGAGAUUUCUUCCUCAGAUUUUUUUCCCUCCUCAGUGUGGAAAUAUACAGUUACAUUGAUACUUCUUUUAUGCAUUGGGUAACUCGUGAAUAUUUUCCUACAUUUGAAGCAUAGUAAGAUUGUUUUUAUAAGCUACCACUUCAACUUGCCAGUUACUGUGUAUGUGUUGUAUGUUUUCCCACGCGUGUGCCUCAAAUACAGAUCCCCAGAUGAA